GCGAGGUCUGCGCAGAGUCAGUCACCUGGACGUCGAACAUCCAUGUCGGUCACUACAUCCUCUGCAGCGAAUGAGAACCAGUCGGAUGGCAAACCUCCUGGCCCAGUCUUGAUCAUAAAGAGCCUGCCUGCGGAAAAACCGAUCAUUGCAAUUGACUUGGACGACGUCUUGAGCCAAACUAAUCGUGUCGUUGCGGAAUGGCAUAAUGAUACUUAUGCUUCCAAGAUGACCUUGGAUCAGUUUUACUAUUACUACUACUGGCGAAACCCGUAUUGGGGCUCCCCAGACGAGACAUUCAGGAAAGUAGAGGAAUUCUACCAGACUCCCCGACUCUACGAGGCGCCGCCCAUCGAAGGCGCACACGAGGGCUUGCAGGCACUGAAGGACAUGGGAUUCAACUUGGUCGUGGUCACCGCCAGACAGGUGCGCGAGCUGGAGCGGACGGAAAACUGGAUAGCGACACACUACCACGGCAUCUUUGAUACCAUCAUCUGCACCGGGAUGUCACAGGAAACCCUCAAGGAUCAACAGGCCAUGAUGGCAAAGCUCUCAAAGGCGGAUGUGUGCAAGAAGCUCGGCGCCAAACUGAUGAUCGACGACUCGCUCGAAAAUGCGCUCAAGUGCAUCGAUCACCAGCCGCCGGUCCCGACGCUGCUAUUCGGUGACUAUCAAUGGAACAAAAGACAGGCGCAAUACGUGGACAUCCGGUUCGAAGUGAGCUUCGAUGAGAGGCAUCGCCUCGAGGGCGGAAGGGAAUGGUGGAAGGAUGACGAGGUAGAGAUCCCGGAGAGUGCGCCAUUGAAGAGAGUCAACCAUUGGAAAGAGGUGGUCAGCUGGGUGGAGCAAAACCUCAAAUCAGAGUGAUGGCCAUUGCAUCCACGUUAUCGGGGGAGCUCUUUGGAUGAACUUAUACUAUACGGACUGCCUGACGCGAAAGGCCCUCUGAUCGUUUACCUGGAUCACGUAUCCUCGUAAUGUAGAGCUGAUCACGCAACAUCACAUGGAACUAGAAUAUCGGUUACAGAUCGUGAUAGGGAAUACAACACUAUUUAUAAUACAAUCGAUUUGGUGAUUUCCUGGG